AUGCACCCGCAGCAGCGGAUGAAGCAGGCCGCCGCGGCGCAGCAGCAGCAGCAGCUGAUGCAGCAGGCCCUGCUCCUGCAGCAGCAGCAGCAGGCGCAGCCGCCCUUGUUCCCCGGGCACCACCACCCGCACCCCGGCCUCCUCGCCGCGCCACAGAUGGAGCCCAUAGUUAGUGGAAACCUGCCUCCUGGGUUUGAUUCGAGUACAUGCCGCAGCGUGUAUGUUGGCAAUAUCAAUCUUCAAGUGACGGACGCAGUACUGCAGGAAGUCUUCCAAAGUAUUGGUCCAGUAGAAGGGUGCAAGCUCAUCAGAAAAGAAAAGUCAUCCUUUGGUUUCAUUGACUAUUAUGACCGCAGAUAUGCUGCACUAGCAAUUUUAUCUCUCAAUGGCAGACCACUGUAUGGUCAGCCGAUAAAAGUUAAUUGGGCAUAUACAAGUACUCAGAGGGAGGAUACAUCAGGUCAUUUUAAUAUUUUUGUUGGGGAUCUUUGCCCAGAAGUCACUGAUGCUACUUUGUUUGCAUUUUUCUCUGGAUACUCUACCUGCUCAGAUGCUAGGGUUAUGUGGGACCAGAAAACAGGACGAUCCAGAGGGUUUGGUUUUGUUUCUUUCAGGAACCAGCAGGAUGCUCAAAGUGCGAUAAAUGACUUGAAUGGUGCUAGUGCUGGUGAAGAGAAACAGAUUGUGGACUCCAAGGUUGACCUGACAAAUGGCACAUCAGAAUCUGGAAAAGAGAAUCUAAAUGAAGAUGGUCCUGAAAGUAACCCUCAGUUUACUACUGUCUAUGUUGGCAAUCUUCCUCACGAGGCUACCAACAAUGAUGUGCACAUGUUUUUCCAUUCACUUGGGGCUGGCUCAAUUGAGGAAGUCCGUGUAACUCGUGAUAAAGGCUUUGGCUUUGUAAGGUACAGCACCCAUGAGGAGGCUGCACUGGCAAUUCAGAUGGGUAAUGGCCAACUUAUUGGCGGGAGGCAGAUAAAGUGUUCCUGGGGAAGCAAACCGACUCCACCAGGGACAGCAUCCUCACCUCUGCCUCCUCCAGCACUGGCAACAUUCUCCACUGGAGUGUCGGCGACAGAUUUCAUGGCCUACCAGCGCCUGGCCCUGAGCAAGAUGGCCACGAACCCAGCAUUAAUGGGUCAGCACGCCUUGAAGCAUGUCGCUGCACUGGGGAUGGGCGGUGGAGCCAGCCAGUCCAUCUAUGACGGCGGCUUUCAGGGCAUCAAUACUGCCACCGCCACAACCUCCGCCCAGCAACAGCAGCAGCAGCUCAUGUACUACUAG